AUGACCGAAUUCCUAGAUCCAUUAAGCCAAGCUGCGGCAGCCAACUCGGAUGAAAGCGAUGAUGAAAUACCGAGAAAAGAAACGGAAUUAGCGGAAAAGCAGGAAAUUACUGAAGUUGAUGAUGGAGAUUUAUUUGAUGAAGAAGGGAAAACAGAGCAACAAGAAUUGGACGAUGAUGACAUCAUUGAUCUCGUUAACGAUGGCUCGUUAGCAAAAAUUAAAAAUGAAUCAAUGUCAAAUAACAGAAGUCUCUCUACAGAAUUUGAUGACCAGAAAGAUUUGUUCGUAACCGUAGAAAAACCUGAAAAAAUCAUUUUAUCAAUGGAGACACGACCAGAAGAAGUUCGGCGCCGGUACCAAGAUUUUAUUUGGCUUCGAGGGAAAUUAGAAGAAGCACAUCCUACUCAUCUGAUACCGCCUCUUCCGUCUAAAUUCAUUGUGAAAGGAAUGGUGGACAGAUUCAGCUCAGAGUUCGUGGGUACACGAUGCAGAGCGCUGGAUUCAUUUCUGAAACGGAUCGCUAAGCAUCCAGUUAUUUCAUUCAGCGACCAUGUCACCGUGUUCCUAACUUCUGAGAUGCCAGACAAGAUGAGAAGAAGAAAAUUCUUCACUCCAGCAGGAAUGCAUGUAAUGUCAUCAAAUAUACGACGCUGCAACCAACUAACUCGGGUUUGUCUAUUCAACUCCAAUCUCAAUGCUGAACUGGUUCAUAUCCUGAAGUCAAAUUUAGAAGGUUCCUGUUUGAAGAUAAAGCUCCUGAAUCUGGAUACUAACAAAGUCAGCAAACUCAGAGAUGAAGGAUUAUCUACAAUCAGUGAAAUUGUUCAUCAAUGUCAGGUUGAAGCAUUGGAGAUGAAAUAUUGUGACUUCAACAAAGAUCAGCUGGAAAGAUUCAAAGCAUUGAUCGCUGAUACCCGGGUUGAGUUCAUUGUCUAGUAGAAUCCACAAACAAUGAAUCGAAUAAUCCUUGAAGCCGGGUCAUUCGAGCUUUAAUUUUAUUCAACUUCAACUGGUUCAUUUCUAUCAACAAAAUUAGUUUCAUAGUAUUAAUUGUUUCCUCUCCAUACAAGGCUCAAGCAAGCAUCCAUUUAUACAUAUGAAUCUGCCACAAUGCUUAAAGAUCAGACACCCUGAACAUAUCAGGACUCUAGUGUGUGAUUUAUACAAUGUUCCCAACUAAGCAACUCUUCAAGCAUUUCAUUUUAAUUAAAAAUAUUUUUUCAUCAUAUUCCCUGUCAAUAGAAUUAAAAGGUAAUACCCUUUCAAAGCUAAAGGAGGAUUUGUACAAUAUGUUACUUUGCCUAUUCGAUGCUCGCACUUCGAUGUCGCACACAUUUCUUGCAUAUUCCUAGUGUUUAUCUUUUCCUUAUCCACCCUAAUGAUGAUUCUAGUCCAGGGGUGGGCAAGGUUUUUGGAUCCGGGUCAAAAUUUUACUUUAAAGUCAACAAAUACAAUGUUAAUAUACAUUUAUUGUGACUUCUGAUGCUGCAUGUUGUCGCUGCGGGUCUGGAAUGACUGCUCACGUGCAGCACAAGUUGAAAUCCACGAUCCUUAUCACCUUUCUUUCUUCGGCGAAAAGCAUUUCUCCUGACUCUAUCGCUUUGUGAUGUCACAAAAUAUGUUCCAGAAUCCCCUAGUUUUGUCGCAAUGCCUGUCCGGUAAUUUUCUUACAUAACGUAGACCUGAGCUGGGCACGUGUUCUCAUACACAUUGGCAAAUUUUCCGCCUUAUUUGGCUAUAAAAGAAUUUGAAAUCUCAUGAAUGACAAUAGUAAGCUUAGCAUUAGAAUACUAGAUUUUUCUUGGAGCCAUAUGCCGUCACUAAAAGAGCCAUAUAUGGCCAUGGGUUCCCGACCACUGUUUUAGCUGGAUCCACUUUAUCAAUCAUUUAUACAUUAAGUUUAGACUAUUCAAUGGAUUUCACAGACAUUCUUUGCGUAUUUUACAAUUUUUCAUGUUAUUAUUGAUCCAUGUAUCUAACUAAAUUCCAAGUUUCAAUUUCUCCAACUAAAGUUUAUGUUUGAAUUUGACUAAAAAUAUUUUUUCAUCAUAUUCACUGUCAAUGGGUUUGCAAAUUGGGGGGUUUGAAAAAAGUUUGAGGUUUUUCCCCUUCAAACUGAUUUGAAAUGGUUGAUUUUUAACUGUCAAAAGUUUUUACCUUUUAAAGCUAAUGAGGCAUCCAAACAUAUGGAUCUACCUAGGAUCACUGUAAAAUAUCCGAUCUUUUCAAAUUAUUUAUCCAAUGAUUGAUGGGUAUUCCCUAAGUAUGAGAACCAAGAUGGCGGACACCGGAACGUAGUAUGUGUACCAGAAUUAGGCUAUAAUUUUAUUCCAAUUUUCCUUAUCUUGGUUUUAUUACAAGACUAACCAAGUGACUCCCGUAGUAUUUGUACAUGUAAAUAUGGCCUAACCCUAAACUGGUACACAUACUUCGGGAGUACCCAUUUAUGAGCGAAAUAGUGAGCUAAUCUGGACUGCUUGAAUGAACUAUUGAACUCGAACUUUUGGCAUUCACUAGUAAAAUAGUUGAUUGGUAUAAUAUGGAGUGAUGUUUUGAUAAGAAAUUUAACAUAUUAUAAAUUAUAAUAUAAUGUUGGAUUUUAUAUUCCCAUAUCCACUUAUCUGUUAUGCUUGUGAGCUUUUCAUUUCGAUACUUGCAUAUCGCAUCAUCGCACGUCUUCCUUGUAUCUUUUAUCAUGAGUGAAAUAUC